CCAUGCUGGCAACACCUUUAAGUUUGUUUUGAUUUUAUUUUUUCAUUUGUUUCAUUCGAUACAACAAAAUUAAAUCAAAUGAUAAAACUUAAGGUUUGUUUACUAACCUGUGCAUUUAUGAUAAAACUUAGUUUCACAAUGUUAUCAACCCAUUUUAAGUGUCGGGGUGGUAUAUAUCCACGUUCUAAUGUAGAAAGGUUUCCAGUACCCGAUGAAAAAGUUAUUUGGAACAGUGAAUAUAAACAGUAUCAACCUCAAAAUUACACAGAAGCUUCACUAUAUGGUAAACCAUGGGCUGACCCUGAUAUUGGAAAUUCAAAUUUUUGUCCAAAAUGGAAUGCUGUAGAUGGUAAAGUAAGCAGAGUGAGCUAUAUGGGACCUUAUCAAAUUAUAAAUGGAUAUCCUCAAAAUCCAAUUGGACGCACUGGUAUUUGUGGACGAGGUAUUCUUGGGAGAUGGGGACCAAACCAUGCUGCAGAUCCUGUUGUAACACGAUGGAAAAGAUUUGAUUCUGGCAAAAUAGUUAUUGAUGAGCAUAAUAGACCAAUCCUCCAAUUUGUAGCAAUCAAGCGUGGUGAUACAGGAGAAUGGGCAUUACCUGGAGGUAUGGUCGACCCUGGUGAAAAAGUGUCUGCAACGGCUGUUAGAGAAUUCCAAGAGGAAGCUAUUAACUCAUUAGUUAUGUCUGAAGAGGAAAAAAAGGCAUGGGCACAAAAAUUCCAUGAAUUCUUUAAUGAAGGUGAAAUCGUUUAUAAAGGGUAUGUGGAUGAUCGACGCAACACGGACAACGCCUGGAUGGAAACAAUAGCCUACAAUUUCCAUGAUGAUAAUGGAACCAUUGUGGGGGCUCUAAAAUUACAUGCUGGAGAUGACGCUGUCGGAGUACGAUGGGUAGACGCCACACCUAAUAUUAGUCUAUAUGCCAGUCAUGAUGUUAUAUUAAAGGAAGUAUUAAAAAAGCGAUUAACUUGAGGCAUCAUCAAGAUAGUCUAGUUUUUAAAAUAAAUUAAAAUGGUGCAGUACUUAAGGCUUAUAAAUAAAAGUUGAUAAGAUGGUUAUAGGAAAUAAGUAAAAUUUGUGAUUGUCACAUAGUAGAAAAUAGGACAUAGAUAGGUUUCUCUAAGAAAUUAUUUAAUUCCUAUUUUUAUAAUAUUGAAUUAAAUAUGAAUAUAGCAGGGACUAUGAUUGUCCAAGGAAUUAACCCCAAAAGAAACUGUUUGUUUAACUCGUCGAGUUAAUGAAUUAAAUAAUAUAAUGAUAUUAAAAGGAAAUGCUGCAUGGUUUCACACCACAAAUACUCAUUCUUCCAUUACCUUUAGAUAUUCCAAUCUUGCAGAAAUCUAAUAUUAUAGUUAGCAAUUUUUUCGAUUGGUUGGUAAUACCAAUGUGAACUGAACCUGGUGAGAGUGGUAUUUAAUGUGGGUACAUUUCUAUGAGUACUUUAAUAUUUUACUUUUAUAUUAGGAAAUGAUUAGAGCCUGAGAUUUCUUUCAAUAUUUUCUACUAUUUUGUAUUUGGUGAGACACAGACAUUUUAAAUAAUUCUUGAGUAUAGACUUAAUGAUCGAAAAUUAUAUUAAAGUCAUGUUUUAAUUAUUCAAA